AUGGAGGGGGCAUCCCAAUGCAGCGGCGUCAGCGCUGAGGCUGUUGAAUUUGACCUCAGAGACGGCGGCUUGUUUGCCUCCUUAUUGGCCUUCACAGUGCCUUCAACAGCCCCCGGCGGGGAAGGCGCGGGUGGGGGCCGCAGCAGCAGCAGCAGCAGCAGCAGCAGCGAGGAGGUAGCUGACUGGCAAUGCCUGAGAGUUACCUUUGGGCGGGAAGGGCUGCUGCUGCGAGGCGUGUCAAAGGGCCGUGAGGUGUAUGGGGAGCUGCUGCUUCCUGUUUCAUUCUUUGAGGGCUUCGAGUAUCAGCGACAGCAGCAGCAACAACAGCAGAAGCAACAAGAGGGAGAGUCGGUUCUUGUUCCCCUUAAGUCUUUCGCUCACAUGCGUUUGCGCUACACCUUUGGUGAAGGCGUUCUGCUGCUGCUGCUGCAGCAGCCGCAGCAGCAACCGCAGCAGCAGCAAGUGUUCUCGGAGAUAGAGAUAAAGACAUACGCCGCACAAAAUCCUCAGCUCUUCCGAGAAGUGCUGCAGGAGCUGCUGUUGGGAGAUGAUGACACAGCCGCGCGAGUUGUCGUAGAAUGGACUCCCCCACGUCCUAAGGUAGCAGCAGGCGCAGCAGCACCAACUGCAGACAUAGCAGCAGGCAAGCCAGAUGAGGCUGCAGCAGCUACUCGCUCUGGUGCGGCAACAGUGGGGAACAGCAAAGCGCAGCAAAUGCCUCUAAUGACUCUGGUACGGCAAUCUCGAGCAUUUUCUGGGUCUAACAACAAGGCGGCAGAAGCUGCUACUGAUGUAGCUGUAUGUCCUGCUGCUGGUACUUGA